AUGGCUCGGACUGCGUGUACGGAUCCUGCAGCCUUCGACAAUGGCGGCGAGAAGCCGAUCAAGGUCUGUGGCUAUGGCCUCGAUCUUCGGUGUCAAGUCGACAACGAGCAGGCCUUUGGCAGCGCCGUCUAUCCCGAAAGACUCUCUAAUCGACUCACCGUCCGCGAGGUCGCAAUGAUCCGAGUCAUGGAAGCGCUCACGGACAAGCUGGACUGGCAGCGCAAGGUCAAUGACGCCGCCAUCGUCGCAAAGUGGAAGGCCGAAGCACUGGAGCAGGAGCCUCAUCUUUCUGCGCAGGCCUUUGACUGGUGCAUCCUCGAGCUGCGCGACAAAUCGCUGUACUUCCAGCGGACCGGACUCAUCCAUGCACUCGACUCGGAGAACCGAUGCGUCAAGUCGGACGUCCUUCUUUCCGGCGAGUUCCUCGCCGAUCUCCGCCAAGCUGUGAGGCCGCUCCUCGACAUCGAUCCUGCCAGAAAAGACUGGCAUCCUCGAUCCAACGACCAAGUGCUCAAUGUCGUUCACCCCUCGCUAUACCCGCUGGUCUACGGACGCACAAACGUCUUGCCGGAAGGCAGCGUGGGCGUCGAGGACUGCGUCGACGCAUGCGGCCGCGGUACACCCUUUCCGGAGCAGAGCAAACCAGCACCUCCAGCAAACACCUGGCCGAGGUCUGAAGAGCACGAAACCGCCGAAUUCUACUCGUACCGCUUCCAGUGGCUUCCUUGCGACGUCGACUUUGCUGGUGAUUCCGGCACCGACGUUAGGAUCCGCUCGUACAUCAACAACCUCGAGCCAAGAUGCAACCGUCAGCUCUACGGGCUGAUCGAAAGAGCCAUCUCGGCCUCGAUCGAGCCGUGGAAUCAGGUGCUUCUGCGCGGACGUUUCGGCCGUGUGCCGCUGCGCAUUCAAUGCCACAGCGUCGACUGCGAACCAGACGAUGAGCCGCAAUGGUUGCGGGGCCUGCUCGAUGACGAAGACGAAGACGAAGACUCCGUUGCCUAUCGCGAGUCUCUUGCCAAAGUGCAAGAGUACUUUUAUCUCCCUGACGAUCCGGAGAUGGAGCGUCUAGAGGGACCGUGUCAAUCUGUGGAAGACGCCAUCGAGGAAGCCGGAGGUCUGUACGGCGCUGCGCUCAUGAAGUACAGGCGCACACGCCACGUCAUCCACCCGGAACCUGGUGACAAGGAGGCUUACUUGCGCUGGCGUCCUCUCGACGAAAGCACCCAUGGCGCGAAGGCGCACGCGAAGAAGCGUCAGAAACGCGAUCCCAUGGCCGACGGCUACUACGAUGUCAACCUCGAGCAAGAAUUCCGCAAUCGCGGCCUCCAGGUGAUCAUCAAGCUGGCCAGCAUCGAGCUGAGCCCAGAGAAACCAGAGUACGCCGGUGGAAGCUGGCACGUCGAGGGCAUGAUGAACGAGCACAUUGUCGCCACUUCGAUCAUCUACUACGAUGUCGACAACGUGACGGAAUCUCGCAUCAGCUUCCGACACAACGCCGAGCUUGAUGAAGUGGAGACGGAGCACGAGCAGGACGACCACUCGCCCCUUUGCAUCGUCUUUGGCACCGACUCGCUGCGAGAAGAGCCUAGGGUCCAGGAGCUGGGUAGCAUCGCCACGCCGCAAGGCCGUCUGCUCGCAUUCCCCAACACGCUGCAGCACCGUGUUGAACCUUUCGAGCUUGCAGACAAGUCCAAGCCGGGUCACCGUCGAUUCCUGGUGCUCUGGCUGGUGGACCCAAACUACCGCCUUGCCUCGACGCGCAACGUUCCGCCGCAGCAACGCGAGUGGUGGGAGAGCGCUCUGGACAACCCUAGCGCCGGUUCCGCCAUCCGAUCGCGGUUGCCCGCCGAGAUCAAAGAGUCGAUCAUGGAGCACGUCGACUGGUUCAUGGGUCUCGAUGAGGCCAAGGCUCUUCGACUCGAGCUGAUGGACGAGCGCACCAAGAAAGAGCAGGCUUCAGAGUCGCAAAUGGGCACCUACAACUUUUGCGAGCACUAG